AUGUCGCUCGCAUCUGGAGUUUCGAUCACUGAUGAGUGCAUCACGGAGUUCAACAACUUCCGCAUGAGCCACGGCAAGACCAAGUACAUCAUCUUCAAGAUCUCCGACGACAAGAAGACUGUUGUCGUGGACAAAGUUGGCAGCGAGCAGGACUACGAGGCCUUCCGCACUGAGCUUGAGAACAUCAAGGAUGCCAACGGCACACCCCUGCCUCGUUACGCCGUGUAUGAUGUCGAAUACGACCUCGGUAGUUCUGAGGGCAAGCGGAGCAAGAUCAUCUUCAUCUCCUGGGUUCCUCAGAACACCAAUCUGCGGUGGUCCAUGAUCUACGCCUCCACCCGUGAGAACCUCAAGAAUGCACUCAACAUCGCCAGCUCUAUCCACGCUGAUGACAAGGGCGACAUCGAGUGGAAGGCCGUUCUGGCCCACGCCAGCGGUGGCAAGGCUUAA